UAAUAUUAAAUAAAUGAGGAAACUGAAGGAGAGAAAUUUCCUAAAGUCUGCAAUUCUAACUUCUAAGGAUGAGUUGUGAAGAUUGCACCGAUUGCGAAGUGUAAAGUGAUGAUGAGUUGAUCUUUCUAUUGUUGAUUUGUUAACGAACGACGCCGGCAUCGAUGGAAGACAACGGUGACGGCAAUUCUACCGGCGCGACGGCGGUUACUGCUGGCGGCAACGGAAGGAACGGUAAUAGUAAUAGCAGUGCGGAGACGGCGGAGGCGAGGAAGAGAGUAAGAUUAGGCUUCAGCGGCGGCGGAAUAGGGAAGCCGGUUAUAGUGAUGAUUUGCGGGAGUCUGGUGUACUACCAUUGCGCCUAUCAGAAAUCAAGCUUUGUCUCUCUCGUCUCCGACGUCUUUAUCGUCCUACUCUGCUCCCUCGCCAUCCUCGGCCUCCUUUUCCGGCAGAUGAACAUCCCUGUUCCGGUUGAUCCGCUAGAAUGGCAGAUAUGUCAGGAUACGGCCAAUACCGCAUUUGCCUGCUUGGCCAAUACCGUUGGCGCUGCUGAGUCCGUUCUCCGCGUUGCUGCUACUGGCCAUGAUAAGAGGUUAUUCUUCAAGGUUGUUGCUGCACUUUACAUGCUAUCUGUUUUGGGGAGGAUGGUCCCAGGAAUUACCCUUGCCUAUGCUGGUCUGUGCUUGUUUUGUCUUUACUUGCUUGCAGAGAACUCGCAAUUGAUCAGUUCAUGCGCCUCCCGCAUUUAUCAGACAAGAGACUGCUCAACAGUCCAGGAUAAUUCAUAGUAGUUAGCUAACAGCGUGUAAUCCAAGUUUGUCUCAUACCCCCUUCUGUUCUGUUGAUUGCUGUGUGAUUCAUGCAUUUCUCUGUACGUAGCAUACAUUAGCCCUGUGUGUAGCAUUGUGAGGAGUUUACAAAAUCUAUAGUGUUAUUUUUGUUUAGACUUCUACUCUCUCAAAGGCUGCUUAGGUUCUGUAUUAUUUGAGGAUUAUAGCUACAUUUUAUUUGGAGGUCCAAUCAUACCCCUGGUUUCAAUGCA